AGGGGAGGUCCCAGGGCUGCCUUGGCGGAGGGCUCUCUGGUUACAUGGGGUGUCGGGGCUACGGGCGGGCGGGUGCGCUGGGAUGGGUCCAAGGAUCGAAAGAGGACGAUUAGAGGGCUCCUGGGUGCUGGGGUGGGGAGGUGGCCCGAGAAAGGAGGUAACUAAUGCAGGGAGGAAAAUCGAUUUCUGCUUGCAAAGAACUAAGGCAGAGAAGGAAGGGGUUUGAGAUAUCUUUAGAACUAAGGGAGCGAUCAGGUGUGGGAAUUGGGGUUAUAUUAAUAUGGAAGGUCGAUAAACCCAUGGAAUUGGGGUGUGUGUGUGUGGAAUAUCCUUGAAAAGUGUUGACAGCGAUCUUUAUGGUUCCCAUAGGUUGAGGUGGGGAGGGAUUGUUUUGUUUUAGGUACAGAUAAGUAGGCCAAAGUGAAGAUGUGGGCAAUCCUAGAUGUAGUUGGGGGGAGAGAGAAGUGUGCCACGGAGAGGUGGUAGUCUGGGAAUUUGGGGGUUGAGAAUGAGAUGUAACAUACUGAUGACUUCGGUGUUCUGGGUAUCCCCAUAGUCGUAUGCUGAUGAGAAGGAUUGUGAAGAAGAGGGGCUCUUUUUGCUUUCUUUGGGUACUGAUGGAGCUUUUAUAUGCAAGACAUUGGGAGUCCUGAGGAGGAUAGAAACAGCAGGAGGGGAAAGGUUAAGCCAUUGUGAAGGAUAGGCUCUGGAUAUCCCUGGACAAGAUCACAAUAUGUGGGGAUCUUCUUUCAAAAAGAAAUUUGUAUGAAAUGGGGAUCUGAAAGUUCCUGGAGUGGGUUAGGAUGGAUUUGGGUCUUUUCUCAAAAGAAGAAAGGUUUAGAUUGAUACUGUUAAGGGGGCUUCUGGGAUGGGUUAAGGUUGUAAGGUUGGCCUGGACCUUUAUGCAAAAAAGGGUGGUGUUGGUUGAUAGAAAAAAAAAAUGGCCAUAUAGGCAUCCCCGGAUGGUGGCCUCAGGAAAAAGAGAGAGUUAUGUCACUGUGAAAAGGGAAUCUGGGUGAUCAGAGGGGAUUAGCAUAGUACACUUGGUCUUCAUGGAGAGAGAAGCCCAGGGCCUUGUUGCUGCCAUGACUGAGGAGAGUGAGGAGACAUUCCUGUAUAUUGAGCAUCGCUAUGUCUGCUCUGAGUGCAACCAGCUCUAUGGAUCCUUGGAGGAGGUGCUUGUGCACCAGAACUCCCAUGUGCCCCAGCAGCACUUUGAGCUGGUGGGCGUGGCUGACCCUGGAAUCACGGUGGCCACAGAUGCAGCGUCAGGUACAGGCCUUUAUCAGACCCUCAUACAGGAGAGCCAGUACCAGUGUCUUGAGUGUGGGCAGCUGCUUCUGUCGCCUAGCCAGCUCUUGGAGCACCAGGAGCUGCACCUGAAGAUGAUGGCCCCCCAGGAGGCAGUGCCAGCUGAGCCACCACCCAAGGUGCCCCCCUUAAACUCCAGCACCAUUCAUUACGAGUGUGUGGAUUGUAAGGCUCUCUUUGCCAGCCAGGAACUGUGGCUGAACCAUCGGCAGAUGCAUCUCAGGGCCACGCCCACCAAGGCUCCAGCCCCAGUUGUCUUGGGGUCCCCAGUUGUCUUAGGCCCGCCUGUGGGCCAGGCCCGAGUGGCUGUGGACCAUUCAUACCGGAAAGCAGAAGAAGGUGGAGAAGGGGCUGCUGUCCCAUCUGCAGCUGCUGCCACUACUGAGAUGGUGACAGAGGUGGAGUUGCUCCUCUACAAGUGCUCCGAGUGCUCCCAGCUCUUCCAGCUGCCGGCCGACUUUCUGGAGCACCAGGCCACCCACUUCCCUGCUGUCCCAGAGGCUGAGGAGCCUGCUGCAAAGCAGGAAACCCUGGUCUCCUCACCCACCGAGGUGCCAGUGUCUCUGCCGGAGCCCCUGCCAGCCUCGGACCAUAGUUAUGAGCUGCGCAAUGGGGAGGCCAUUGGACGGGAUCGCCGGGGGCGGAAGCCCCGGAGGAACAACAGUGGAGAGCCCGGUGGGUCAGCCACCCAGGAACUCUUUUGCUCAGCCUGUGAUCAGCUCUUUCUCUCGCCCCACCAGCUGCAGCAGCACUUUCGGAGUCACCAGGAGGGUGUCUUCAAGUGUCCCCUGUGCAGUCGUGUCUUCCCCAGCCCUUCUGGUCUGGAUCAGCACCUUGGUGACCACAGCAGUGAAUCUCAUUUCCUAUGUGUAGACUGUGGCCUGGCCUACGGCACAGAAGCCCUUCUCUUGGCCCACCGGCGAGCCCAUACUCCAAAUCCUCUGCAUUCGUGUCCCUGCGGGAAGACCUUUGUCAACCUUACCAAGUUCCUCUAUCACCGGCGUACCCAUGGGGCAGGAGGCGUCCCUUUGCCCCCAGCACCAGUUCUGCCAGAGGAACCUGCUGUUAGCGUUCCUGAGCCAGCCCCUGCAGAGACUAGAGAGCCAGAGGCCCCAGAGCUCCCCACAACUGAGGAGAAUCCAGCAGAGCCUCCGGGGCCGGGCAUUUACCGCUGCCUCCUGUGCAGCCGUGAGUUUGUCAAGGCGUUGCAGCUGACCCGGCACCAGCGUUUUGUGCACAGGCUGGAACGGCGCCAUAAAUGCAGCAUUUGUGGCAAGAUGUUCAAGAAGAAGUCUCACGUGCGGAACCAUCUCCGCACACACACCGGGGAACGUCCCUUCUCCUGCCCUGACUGUUCCAAGCCCUUCAACUCACCUGCCAACCUGGCCCGCCACCGGCUCACCCACACAGGGGAACGACCCUACCGGUGUGGGGACUGUGGCAAGGCUUUCACUCAGAGCUCCACUCUGAGGCAGCAUCGCCUGGUGCAUGCCCAGCAUUUCCCCUACCGCUGCCAGGAGUGUGGACUGCGCUUUCACCGCCCUUAUCGUCUGCUCAUGCACCGCUACCACCACACAGGCGAGUACCCCUACAAGUGUCGGGAGUGCCCCCGCUCCUUCUUGCUGCGCCGGCUGCUAGAGGUGCACCAGCUUGUGGUCCAUGCUGGGCGCCAGCCCCACCACUGCCCAUCCUGUGGGGCUGCCUUCCCCUCCUCGCUGCGGCUUUAUGAGCAUCGCUGUGCAGCCGCCGCUGCCCAGGCCCCACGGCGCUUUGAGUGUGGGACCUGUGGCAAGAAAGUGGGCUCUGCUGCUCGGCUGCAGGCCCAUGAAGCUGCCCAUGCUGCUGCCGGUCCUGGAGAAGUCCUGGCUAAGGAGCCCCCGGCUCCCAGGGCCUCCCGGGCCACUCGCACACCAGUCACCCCCUCCCCAACAGCCCUCAGUGGUGCAGCCUCUGCUGCCCCUGCAGCCCCUGCCCGGCGGCGUGGCCUGGAAUGCAGUGAGUGCAAGAAGCUGUUCAGCACGGAGACAUCGCUGCAGGUGCACCGACGGAUCCACACAGGUGAGCGGCCGUACCCAUGUCCAGACUGUGGCAAGGCCUUCCGCCAGAGUACCCAUCUGAAAGACCACCGGCGCUUACACACCGGUGAGCGGCCCUUUGCCUGUGAAGUGUGUGGCAAGGCUUUUGCCAUCUCCAUGCGCCUGGCAGAACAUCGCCGCAUUCACACGGGUGAACGGCCCUACUCCUGCCCUGACUGUGGCAAGAGCUACCGCUCCUUCUCCAACCUCUGGAAGCACCGCAAGACUCACCAGCAGCAGCACCAGGCGGCAGUGCGGCAGCAGCUGGCGGAGGCCGAGGCCGCUGUGGGCCUGGCCGUGAUGGAGACGGCAGUGGAGGCCUUGCCCCUUGUGGAGGCCAUUGAGAUCUACCCCUUAGCAGAGGCUGAGGGGGUCCAGAUCAGCGGCUGACUGGCCCCCAUUUUCCCCUGAUGCUGAACACCUCAGACAGCCCCUUCAAACCUGUGUACAUAUUGUACCCCUCUCUUCUCUACCACCAUAUAAGUUCUGUAACUAAAUUUAUUCUCUUUUCUCUCUUCUGAGGGUGUUGCUCUGAGGUCCUUGAUACAUAAAGGACCCCUCCCCCUUGCCCCACCUUCCACCAAUUUGGUGGUCUCAAAAUGAAGCAGUCAAUAAAGACUGAGUUGGACAUUUA